AUGGUUGCGGUGCGGUCUAAAAUAUCAAAACGAGUGACAAAAGCAUUUACAGAAAACUUUGAUGAUGGUGAAGCGAAGUCGCUUGACGAUUUUUCCGCCGAAAAUCCUUUACCAUUACCAAAUCCGGUUCCUGAACCUAGUGAAAAGGAUGAGCAUUUAUUGCAGUCAGCGCCCAAAUUGAUCACGGAAGUUCCGGAGAAGCCGACAAGGAGAAAAGAAAUAGCUCAUCGCUCACAAAUAGAGUCUUCUAUCACUCGUGUUGACAGCGUCGUUGUUUGUAAUAUACCUACGGCCUGCACAGAUGAAAUCGCAGUCGAGAAACAGCUGUUUGAAAUUAUGGAAAAGCCACCACAAGACCUCUUUCCGGAACGCGGCUUCAUUUCGCUAGUGAGCUUAUUAACGAUCUUGUGGAUCGCCCUUGUUUUAAGCACCACCACCUACCUGAGCCCCAAGCUCAAAGAUGAUGUUUCAACAAACACUACCGUAGUCACAAGGUCAUCAACCUCGAGCUACACUCAGCCUAGAAAUUCAUCUAGUGCAAAAACUCGUGUACCCAACUUCUACCUCUGCGACAGUGACUUCUGCGCUAAGGAAGGAAAUUUUCUCAAGAGUUUGUUGAGUGAAGCGGAGUAUCCAUGCGAGGAUUUUUACGAACACAUUUGCCAGCGCUGGACACAGAGGCGAAGUGCGGAAGCGACCCGAGGAGGAACAAUAUCUGAAGAUGUCUUUCUUGAGGAUCGCAUGGAACGUGAAUUACUAUCAUCGUUCACUGACAGUGCCGCAUCUAUUCAACCUCCAGUGAAAUUCCUGAGGGCGUGUCAAAACAGCGCCUCUUCUUCAUCUGUUGAUGAAGUGCGUGCAGUUUUCAAACAUUGGAGAAUUCGUAAGUGGCCAGUUCGAAGUUAUGAAGAGCGUCGUCGUGAAGAUGCAUGGCUUUUUGCCGGUGAACUUUUGCGCGAUAUAGGCUUGCCAGCACUUGCAGAUAUAUACGUGGCUGUUGAUCCUUUUAACGUAAGAAAGGGAGUGAUAACGCUGAAGCCUCCUGAGCCACUGCACUGGUCGCGGCGCACACAUUCUGACCUUGUCGAACGCGCCCUCAAGGAGUCUCUGCGGACGUUUAAUCUGAACGACCCUUACCACAUAGAGCGUCUGACAUACGAAAUGAUGACGGCAUCUGAUGUGAUUGAGGGACUUGCCGACUAUGAUGAGAACGCUAUUGUGAUAAAAGGCUGUGAACUUCCUCAUGGCGAAUUUAAGCUGCUGAGCACAGCUGUCGAUAACAAGCGAAACAGAACGAGACCUAUGACGUGUAAAAGCAUCAAGCGUGUGCAACUGCUCUCAGGCAGAUAUUUCGGAAAGCUUCCAGAGGAAUUACGAAAAGUUACGGCGAACGCUCUUAUCAAUCACCUCGGAUUUCGUGCUUUAGUUCGCCUGGCGGCCUUCUUGCCAGACUCUUUGCACGCGCUCAGAGAGUUGUUUUUCCUGGAGGUCACUGGCCGCUCCGAGGUUCCUCACAUCGACAGUCUGUGUCUUCGAGCUAUGGAGGUGAUUCUACCACUCUGCUUGGUCAAGGCUACUGCACUGCCACUCAUACACGAUGGCACCGCUUUUUCGCAGCGGCGAUGGCUGUCUGACCUCGAGGUCGCUUUCCUCCAAGCAUUGCCACGGGUCCAAUGGCUUGACGAGCGGGCACUUUUCGCGUUAGCCUUUCGAUUGCGGCGAAUACGUGUAGACCCACCCUAUUCAAUCGAUCAAGUCCGGGAAAACGCGGAGUGCCUUCCGUCUGACUUGAAAGUCGGCAAUACGCUGGAGGAUAUUGUUGGCUUAUAUCGAAAAAUACGGAGUCGGCGUACACUAUUUGAACUGCGCUCCGGUCCUGACUGGCGGCCGCUGUCUCCCCUUAGCAUGUGGCCCUACUUUGACGCUGGUCUGCAUCGUGUUGGCAUUCCUCAAGGCCUGCUCAAUAACUCAGUGCCUGCCAACAGCACCAUAUUUGGUUUCCACCUCGCCAGAGUUGCCGUUCGCUUUUACGCGUCAAUGGUGCCUCUUUUAUACUCGAACUUCGAGUAUGAUCGUGAAGCUGCGCUGGACUUGGGCCCCGAUUCACAGCGCGCACUUCAGGGUGCUCGGCGCUGUCUGGAAGACGACUGGCGGGCACUUUCGAAGCAGGACGCGGAGAAGGUGCCACUGCCGUAUAGCCUACUAGAUGAUCGAGCCCGUUGGCUGCGUCGGUGGCUGCUCGAACAGACGCUGGCAAUCGAGCUAGCUCUACACGCCUUCCGUGCACUUCUUCUCGAUGUGCGCCGCAUUUGGAAGCUGCAGUAUCGUUUUGUCACUUUGCCCGACUACACUCCGACGCAGCUAUUCUUCAUGUAUUACGCCGUGGACCACUGCGAAAAUGACUACGAAGGCUUCGAGCUCAGGCAGUUUCUUCAGCAAAAACGACCACCGGCAAAAAUGAGGGUCAACUUGCCGCUGCGUCACGUGGGGGCAUUCGCUGACGCUUUCGGCUGCAAACGUGGUGACCAGAUGGUGGCUGAUGAACCAUGCACGAUGUUCGUGCAUUGA